AUGGUUGCUGUGGUCCAGGAUGUGGUUCCUGUGGUCCAGGUUGUGGUUUCUGUGGCCCAGGUGCGAUUCCUGUGGGCCAGGUACCUUCCCAUGAAGGAUAUUAUGUGUAUGGAGUGUCUGUCCAGAAAGCUUCGGGAGGCUGUGAGUCUGUACUUGCGAGUGAUCAAAGUGGUGGAUCUGUGCGCCGGUCGCUGGUGGGAGUACUUGCCACCAGGUUUUACAGAUAGAAGUUUUUUGAUCCUUAUGAAGAAGAUGCCUGAUCUGGAGCAGCUGUAUGGCCUCCACCCUCGGUGCCUGGAAAGGAGACGAGCCAGAGGUUAUGAGGCUUUCAGUAUUCCUGGAGUUCUGGAAGCGCUGCAGGCGUGUCCCAAUCUGCUGGGUGUAGACACGUCCCAUCUGGAGCUUGUGGAAGCCAUUUGGAACUACAUGCCUCAGGUUCACAUUCUGGGGAAAUUUCGCAACCGUAACGGCGCUUUUCCCAUUCCUGCUGAGAACAAGCUCACCAUCCCCAUAACGGCCAAGAUCCAGACCCUGCAUCUCAUUGGUGUGAACGUCCCAGAGAUCCCCUGUGUGUCAAUGCUCCGGCACCUCUACCUGAAGUGGGUCCGUCUCACUAAACCUCAGCCAUUUAAGGACUUCUUGUGUGUGAACCUGAGAACUUUUGUCAUGAGGAACUGUGCUGGGCCUGCUAACUCCCUCAAAUACGUCCCGCUGGUUACGGGCUUGGCAGCGGCCCGGAAUUUAGAGCAGCUGGAGCUGGUAAGGGUUCCUUUCCUCGGAGGGCUGAUCCAGCAUGUGGUGGAGGACAGCUGGAGGUCAGGAGGAUUCAGGAACCUCCACACCAUCGUGUUUGGAGCUUGCAAGAAUGCUUUGGAAGUGGAUUUGGGUUAUCUCAUAAUCACCGCCGCUCGCAGGCUCCAUGAGCUGCGUAUCCAGCCUUCACUGACUAAAGACGGAGUCUUCUCGGCUCUGAAAAUGGCUGAACUUGAGUUUCCUCAGUUUGAGACGCUUCAGCUGGGAUAUGUGGAUGAGUUCCUCCUUCAAUGUAAGAUGGGUCACUCGGAGCUGGUGAAGUACGGUCUGGCUGACGUCGUGGAGAACCCUGGCAUCAUUACUGAUAUUGGCAUAAAAGUGGUGAACGAGGUGUUCACUAAUAUUAAAUAUCUGCUCAUCUACAACUGUCCUCACCUUCAUAAUCCCCACCACUGGAUCACAGAUCAAUCCAGAUGGAGUCGUCUCGUUGAUCUCACGCUGGUCCGUUGUCACGCCAUCAAACUGGAGUCUUUCUCUCACUUUGUAGAGUUACUACCUUGUCUGGAGUUUAUCUGUCUGGACCAGAUGUUCAGAGAGCCUCCUAAGGGUUGUGCCAGAGUGGGUCUGAGUGCCGGCACUGGGAUUGGUGUGUCCUCUGCUCUGGUCAGCAACCAGAACUCGAACAACGACAACAACCAUCAUCCCAACGAGGCCAACAUGCCUCCUGCUGCUCCACCUGUCAACAUCAACCAAAGACAGCAGCAGCAAAACGAAGCAGUAGAAAUAAAUGGAAUGGAGGAAGACGAGGAAGAUGACGAAGACGAAGUUGUCUUUGAAGAAGAGAAAAUGGAGGCGGAGCCUCAGAUAGAUUUGAAGGAAUCAGAAGGUGAAGUAGGAAUGGAGAACAUGGCUGGGUAUAGUCAUCAAACUGGACCAUCACAACCUUCUGAUGAGGAACAAGCAGGUCCCAGUGGUUUGAGCAAGCAGAGCAGAGCAGCAUGUGCUGCAGGUCCCAAACCUCCGGUGGUCAUCUCAGAUUCUGACAGUGAAGAAGAAGAAGGGCUCGUGUCAAGGCUGAUGCCACCCGCGUCCUUUCAGCACCCAACGUCCUGUUCAGCAGGUAAAGGAAAAACCCCUCUGAGGCGAAACAAUGGCGUGGUUCUGUCUGGUCGGGUGAAGCCUCAGGUUUCCCACAACAGCUGUGAGAAGAGCUGCCAGGUGACCAGUGAACAGAUCAAAGCUGACAUCAAGGCUGCGACUGAGAGGACUAACAGUAAAGAGCCCCCCCCAGAGACAGGAGAGGCCUCUGCAGGACCAGGACCUGACCAUGGAAACUCCCAAAGCAGCGCUGAGGCCGGAUCGAGAGCCAGAGAGAGGUCCGUCAGCGCGUCUGCCGGCAGAGUCCGGCCUGCUGCUACCCCCCCUGGCCGUGUGGGGGGGUGUAGGAGAGUCUUGAAUGGGAACAACAGGACCGGGGAAGUCCCAUCCAAAGCACAAAAUGGGGAUGGUUUCUCAGCUGAGACUGUGCUGAGUAGUUCUGGUCCUGGCAGUGUGGACAGCCAGGGGUCCAGGUGUCCUGCUCCUGGGACAGCAGGACAGGAUAGACAUGGAGAAAGACAAGCUGCCACUACUAGGACUUCUGUUACUGGGUCACAGCUGAACCCCAGUCAGGACUUUCUUCCCAGGCGGCCUUUGACCCGAUCUUGCACUCGCACAUCUUCUGCACCUUUAGUACCUGAAACAGAUCUUUCAAGAGCUCGGCCUCGGGUGGCAGUGAGGAGGAAACGAACAGCUGAUAAAUCCACCAGCACCUCAGACCCGGUCACUGAAGACGAUCACGUCCAGGUUUUAACCCUGAAGAGUAAGAACCUGGUGGGCAUCACACUGACCAACUGUGGAAUCACCGACCUGGUCCUCAGAGAUUGUCCCAAAAUGAUGUUCAUCCACGCCACUCGAUGUCGAGUGUUGAAACAGCUGCGGAUCGAACGUGCGCCCAUCGUGAACCGGUUCGACUUCGCUCAGUGUAAGAAGCUUGACAUGGAGCAGGUUCUGGAUCAGAUCCUUCGGAUGCCUCCUGAAAGAAACCGCAUCAUCUACAUGCGUCCGAUGCACCAGAUCGACUCCGUGGCGUUGGAGCGGCAGCUCUUCCAGGGACCGUAUCCGUAUCAUAUUGCUUUAGUUCACGAGUUCAGCAAUCCGCCAAAUAUCCGCAACAAGGUUCGCAUCCGCAGCUGGAUGGACACCAUAGCCAACAUCAGCCAGGGUGGUGGACUGUGCUCCCUACAGCAUGAUAACAGAUUUCCCCUGGCUCCGGACUCUCAGAGCAGCUGAUCCCAACAGCUACGCCCGCUGUGACUUUGAGGACGAUGAGAGCACCACCAUCUACGCCCCGCGGCGUAAAGGACAGCUGUCUGCAGACAUCUGCAUGGAGACCAUCGGGGAGGAAAUCUCUGAGCGCAGGCAGAACAAGCUGGGGGUGUUUCAGAGGGUGGUGGUCCUCUUCCUCCAUCACUGCGACACCCCCGGAGAGCCUGUGGAGGACGACUACAUCUGA